GGAGUUGAAGUGAGGGUUGCCAGAAUAUUCAAUACGUUUGGUCCUCGAAUGCAUAUGAACGAUGGUAGAGUUGUCAGUAAUUUUAUUCUACAAGCUCUCCAGGGAGAACCGCUAACAGUCUACGGACCUGGAACUCAGACGAGAGCUUUCCAGUAUGUCAGUGAUCUUGUGAAUGGGUUGGUGGCGUUGAUGAACAGCAAUGUCAGCAGUCCUGUCAACUUGGGAAACCCAGAAGAGCACACUAUCCUAGAAUUUGCCCAGUUAAUUAAAAAACUUGUUGGCAGCGAGAGUGAAAUCCAGUUUCUCUCAGAAGCACAGGAUGACCCUCAGAAACGAAAACCUGACAUCAGAAAAGCCAAGUUGUUGCUUGGCUGGGAACCUGUGGUCCCAUUGGAAGAAGGUUUGAAUAAAGCAAUUCAUUACUUCCGUAAAGAACUUGAGUAUCAGGCAAACAAUCAGUAUAUUCCCAAACCAAAACCUGCAAGGAUGAAAAAAGGAAGAACAAGACAUAACUGAAGACUGUUAGUUGGGACAGGAAAUUCCCUGCUUGACAUUUGACGGAUGUAAUUUUUUUUUCUUCUUGUUUUUUUUUUUUUUGAGAGAGAGAGACUUUGAAACAGGUAUCAUGAAGAACAAACUGGAAUUUCAUUCUGAAGCUUGCUUUAAAGAAGUGGAUGUGCCUAAAAAUAACAAACAAAUAUUCCCCUUCCCCUGCAAAUCUUGCCUUGCACUUUUUAAAUCUGUCUUUUUAUGUAAAAUAGAGUAGAAGCAUCUUUUAGUAUCUUCAAGUUUUAUAUCUUGCUGUGAGAUCAUUUUGUUGUGACUGUCCUUGACAGUUUUAUUUACUGGUUUCUUUGUGAAGCUGAAGAUAAACACAAAUGGGAUGGAAAAUGCCAAUUUAUUUAUAAAAUGGGUACUAUAUAAAAUAUGAGAAGUUCUACUAUGCAUAAGAAAAAAGCUAGUCAUAUUGUCAGGUGAAAGACACUGACAUCUAAGUAUAAAGGAGUUUAAAAAAAUUCUGUAUGAGAGCUUUAUGUAUUCUUUAAAGGAGAGAUUUUUUCAAAGGUUUAGUUUUAGUUGUACACUUGAAUUUGAGAUAUUUUCAUUGAUUACCAUGGAUAAGGAUAUUUUGAAUCACUACUGUGUUGUGCGUACUCUGGGAAUAAAGUUAAUGUAUUAUUGAUUACAGUGGUUGAAUAUGCUAUUUUAAUAAAAUAUUGAAACUUCUGUUUA